CAAGUGCAGAGGAACUGCAAGAAGUGCACAAGGAUCGCUAGAAAAAGUGAAAACUAUAUGUUUUGUGUGCAGCUAAAGACUUGGAUAUUGCCUAAUUGGAAUACAAUUAAAAUUGCUGUACAAAAUGUGGAUGAAACAACAUUGGAUAUGCUACCUGAUUGGCGUCUUCUGCUGGCUUGACAAGGCCACCAUUGGAGCGAUACUCGACUCGCGCUGCUAUCUGGAGGGCGGCGGUUCGGCGGAGAGCUUCCUGGCCACCGAAGAUCUGGCGGUGGGCUCCAUCAUUGGCAAGCUGCGCAUCAAUGGGGAUCCCAAUGCGGAGACCGGCGACAUCAGUCUGUCGCUCAGGGAGAAGGUGGCGCCUGUGGAGAUUCUAGCGGGCAGCAAGGAUCUGGCUCUGUCUGUGGAGCUGGACAAGGAGGGUGUGCGAGGACCCUCUUCGAUUUACGUGAAUGUUAUAUGCAUAAGGCGACACUCAACGGAUCCGAGCUUCGUCAUUCCCGUCAAUGUGCGCGUGACGGACGUCAAUGAUAAUGCCCCCCAGUGGAUUGGCACACCCUACACGCUGACCCUGUCGGAGGUGACGGUCCCUGGAACGAGGAUACUGCAGGGCGCCCGUGCGGAGGAUGCCGAUCAGCCGGGUCCCUUCUCCACGGUGGAGUAUCAGGUGCUGCCCGGACCCUAUGCGGAGUUUGUGCAGUUCCUCAACCCCCUCGAGGGCACGCUGGUGCUGAAGAAGGCGCUGGACUACGAGCAGCUGCAGAAUUUCACGGUGAAGCUGCGCGCCCAGGAUCAGGGCACGCCCGCGCGCCACUCGGACACGCUGCUGCGCGUGGUGAUCACCGAUGCGGAUGAUCAGAAUCCCAAGUUCCAGCGGGAGUCUUACAGCGCCGAGCUGCCCAAUGACGGUCGUCCGGGGGAGCUGCGCAUGCGGCCCGAGCCUCUGAAGGCGGUGGAUCAGGACGAGGGAAUCUGUGCGCCGAUCCAGUACACCAUUGUCCAGUCGCAGGAUGCCAAGUACUUCCGCAUCCAUCCGCACAACGGACAGAUCACCCUGCUGACGCCCAUUGGCUAUGGGGAGAUUGCACACGGAGCCACGCUGGUGGUGAAGGCCACGCAGAUCGACAAUCCCGAUCGCUACGCACUGACCACCGUCCAGCUGACGCGUCCCGGCAGCCACAGCGAUCUCAGCACGCUCUCCUUUGUCCAGAAGCGCUUCGUAAUGCGCAUCCGCGAGGACACGGCGGUGGGCAACCGCAUCCUGGCGCUGCCCACCAAUAAGCCGGGCAAACACCUGAAGUACACCAUUGCGGAUCCCGUCAACUCGCAGUUCUUCAGCGUGGGCUCGCUGGGGGAGCUGGUGCUGGCCAAGCCGCUGGACUACGAGAAGAUGACCAAGCACGAGUUCCAGGUGCAGGCCACCGACGGGAUGACCAACAGCACGGCGGAGCUGACCCUCGAGGUGAUCGAUGUCAACGAUUGGGAGCCGCGUUUCCGGGAGACCCAUUACGAGUUCAUGGUGCCCAAAAGCCAGUCGCUGCAGUCGCGAACGGACACCUUUGAGGGUGUGCUCAUCGGCAAGGUGGAGGCGGCUGAUGGGGAUCGCAACGACAAGCUGGAGCUGUCGCUGCGCGGGCAGCAUGCGGGGCUCUUCGAGAUCGAUGCCACGGGCAACAUCUACAUGCGGCCGGAGCAGCUGCAGGGCCUGAACGAGUCGACGGUGCAUCUGAUAGCCAUUGCCACGGACACGGGUGUGCCGCCCAGGAGCACCUCCGUGCCGGUGAGCGUCACCAUGGAGGGCCUGACGCUCGCACAGUCCGGCUGGAACAGCAACAUGCUGGGCAUGUUCGGCAUGAUCGUGGGCCUCUUCCUGAUGAUCAUCGUGGCCCUCAGCUGCUACAUUGUGCGCUCCAAGAAGCAGGGCAAGAGCAGCGCCAGCGCCCUGGGCAUCGGUCGGAACAGAGUCCACAGCCAGGCGCACAGCAGCGUCUCGUCCGCCAAUCUGGUGACGCACGAGAAGCUGGCGGGUAAUGGCAACGGGGCCAGCGUGACCAGCGGCGGUGUCUCGGUGCUGCACAUGAAGCACGGCGGCAACAUCACCAUGGCCAAUCCCAUGAACAACGGGCUGCACCAUGUGGCCAGUGGCGCCAGCAGCAGCAUGGCUCUGGGCAGCUCUGCCGCACUCCUGGAGCGGGAACGGGAGCGCGAAAGGGAGCGCCAGCGGGAGAGCUAUGCAGCCACAGUUCGCAGCAUCGUGUCGCGCGCCUCGGCCAAUGGCCAGCUGUACGAGGAGGACGAGAUCGAGCACGACUCGCUGCAGACGUCAACGACGACGCCGGAAAACAACAAUCGAAAAGUGGCAGCCCCAGGAGCCACAGCUUUAGGUGGAGGCGUCACGACCAUUACCACCAGCAGCUCGGCGAAUGCGGGUGGCCAAUCGAAUCUGCUGUCCGCCACCGAUGCCAUGGGCUCCUCUGAGAACAAUCUGACGGUGUACUUCUAGAAGCUGCAGGAGGAUGGGGCAGAAUGAGAG